CCGCCAAACUACCUCCGACAGCUAUCCCGGUACUGAAAUCGGCGUUCGCCAUACCACGUCGCGCUUCAUUUUGUCUUCAUUUUCUUCAACUUUAGCGCCGUGUUUCAACUCGCUCAGUUCUACGCUUGCAGGCGGUUCCGUUUUACUCAUCUUUCAGGAUGUUGAUCAAAGUUCGCACCCUUACUGGAAAGGAAAUCGAGCUCGAUAUCGAGCCUGACUACAAGGUUUCUCGCAUAAAGGAGCGUGUCGAAGAGAAGGAAGGCAUUCCUCCCGUCCAGCAGCGUCUGAUCUUUGGUGGAAAGCAGAUGGCGGACGACAAGACUGCCGCUGAAUACAACCUUGAAGGAGGCGCGACGUUACAUCUGGUUCUUGCCCUCCGUGGAGGUGCUUCUCUGUGAUUGGAAUAGUCGACAAGCGGAACCGAAUCUGAAUGUGAAGUUAUAAGCAAAUAUCGCAGUAGGAACAUGCGAGACCCUGGUUCUAGGAAGACAGGUCGCAAUGAGGCCUGGGUUACUAAGAGGUAGAUAUGGUGGAAUACACGGCGACGGACUCAUGUCAGAUCUGUGUCAGUUCCAAGCCGUACAUAUCUGCUUAUUGCGAUGCUACACGGGUAGGCUUGUGGCACGGCUAGGGGGCUGCCAUUAACUUUAUGUAUUACCUGAAUACCAUUGAUGCUAUUAAUUACAAGAGUUCAAGAGAUC